UUGACUGAGCUUUUCGCCACAUCGAAAGAAUUUGUUCAGCGGAACAUUACGAGAUAAUUAUUCAAAUAAUGACUGUAAAGAGCAGCUGUUAAAACAGGUUUAAUAUAUUCAAAAAUCCACAAAUUUUGAAAGUUUUGGAGACCUGACACUAUUGCCCUAGAGUUAUGUAGAAGUUGCCAAUGUCAAGUGCACUGAACAGCUGUUUCUGACAUUGAAGGGAUGCAUAUUUUGAAAAUCUAACUUAACCAAAUCGCAACCAUGAGAACAUGGAAAUUAAUGGACGAAAACAUGGAAAUCCAUUACGAAAAAGCAUGCAGGCUGUGCUUGAAAUCAUCUAGAAACAUGUUCGACAUGUUUACCUAUCUGUUGCAACCUAGUCAAAUUUCCCUAGUGGACUUUACUAGAAAGUUAACAGACCUAAAACUUGCAAAAGGAGAGUUUCUGCCAAGCAACAUUUGCACCACUUGUAUUGAAUGCAUAAAUUCCACGCACAGUUUUAUCAAUGUGUGCCGGGCUUCGGAUGAUAUUCUAAAGAAAGAAGAAACCAGACGCGAAUUCCGCAAAAUCGAGCAAGAGGCUCUUUUGGAUGAGCACGAAACUGGGCAUUUUGAGGAAGGUAAUGCUGACAAUCAAUCGGUUAAAUGUGAAGACGCGCACCUGAACGAAGGGGGCGAUUUGUCUGAAGCAGUUUCUGCGGAUAUUAGUGGGAAAAGUCAAACAGUGGAAGUCAUAAAAUUACCUGAAAAAAUGCAGGAAAAAUAUGCGUGCAGUUUUUGCGAAGUAAAAUUUAGCAACAAAUUAAAGUUCCUUACUCACCAGAGUCUGCAUGACGAAACCAAGCCAUUCAAGUGCUCUUCCUGUCUACACAGCUUUUCCAAAGAGGUUAAACUGCAUAAUUUCCAAAUAAUGAAAAAUCAGUUUUUAUUAAUCUGGGUAUUUAAUCUUCAGGCUCACUUGCGAGUACAUUUGCGGUCUCAUGCCAAUCCCGAAGAAAAAAAGCACUCAUGCCCUACAUGCGGCAAACAGUUUUUCUAUGCUUAUUUGCUAAAGCAGCAUGAGUACAAGCAUUCAGAUCAAAAACCGUUUCCGUGCUCCAAAUGCGACAAAGGAUGCCUGACCUCCGAAAAUCUGAGGCGACACAUGAAAACUCACGAUGAGAACUACACUAAGAAAGUAUACAGAUGCACAGUGUGCAGAAAAAUAUUUCCGUAUCCCAGUUCACUGUCGGAGCACAUGAAGUUGCAUACCGGCGAAAAGCCCCAUCUUUGCUCGAUAUGUGGAAAGGGGUUCAGGCAGAGCGGGUCUUUGCAUUUCCACCAGCGAAUCCACACAGGCUACAAGCCAUUCAAAUGUGAGAAAUGCUCGGAAUAUUUCAAGUCUAGAAGCCUGCUGAAGGUACACAUGCGAAAGCACACCAAUGAAAGGCCGUUUGUCUGCGACACCUGCGGAAUGGCUUUCCGACAGUCCAACGACUUAAAAAGCCAUUUGAGGACUCACACUGGGGAGAAACCGGUUUUAUGUACACUGUGUGGCAAGAGAAUGGGCACUACUGGACAAUUGACGAUUCAUUUAAGAACCCACACCCGCGAGAAACCCUAUACAUGCGCAACUUGUUACAAGUCAUUUGCUACCAAAUCGGUUUUGCAAAAGCAUCAUCGCAUCCACACAGGUGAAAGACCGUACGAAUGCUCAAUUUGCCAUAAAUCAUUCAAUCAAAGUUCGACACUGAAAACCCAUUUAAAUAUCCACAGCUCUGAGAAGGAAAAAGGCGAUUGCAAUCGGCGAAAACGGGACUGUAAAAAAGCUUCCCGAAACCCCGAUAAGGCCACUGUGGAAAUUCAAGUUAAUGAUGAAGUAAAAGUGAAUACGGAUGUGCGGACUCAAUUUACUGUGAUUCUGCCAGCCCCCAUACCAUUGCUUAGUACGACUGAUUAGCAAGGGCGGAUCCAGGGGAGGGGUCAUGGGGGUAAUGACCCCUCCAUUCAAUUCUCUAUCCAACGGUGCCAAAACGAUUUCUCUGGCUCGAAUGGUUCUUGAGAAACCUCGAAAAAA